UUGCAGAGUCCGAAACGGAAAGGAAAUUGAGUAGAAUAUAAUACCCCUCCAAAACCUCUCUUUCAAACUUGUGCUUAAUUUUUCUCUCAGAGCCAUCGGUGCAGGUUGUCUGUCUGGGUUACAGAUUCGUCGAAAGGUCCGAUUUUUCUCUGAUUUCUGGGUUACGACGACUUGUUGGGUUUCAAUUUCUGUUUUGUUGGUUUCGUGAAAGCAGCAAGAUUGGUUCCAAUUCGUUUUCUGAAUUGCUUUUGGUUAGUGGGUGCUUAGGCAUUGUAGCGUGAGUGGGUUGGGGGUUGAGUUGGUUCAUGAUGUCAUCGUCAAUGGGUUUGCUCUAGCUCGACGAGAGAGAGAGAGAGAGAGAGAGAGAGAGAGAGAGAGAUACCCAGAUACGACAAGGAUGAACGCUUCAAUUAUCGACCCACUGCAAGGAGAUUUCCCAGAAGUGAUAGAGGAGUAUUUGGAACAUGGGGUUAUGAAAUGCAUUGCCUUCAAUCGCCGUGGUACUCUUCUUGCUGCUGGCUGCUCUGAUGGUAAUUGCAUAAUAUGGGAUUUUGAGACCAGGGGCAUUGCUAAGGAGCUCCGUGAUAAAGACUGUGUUGCUGCCAUAACUAGUGUAUGUUGGUCAAAAUAUGGUCAUCGCGUUCUUGUGUCUGCAGCUGACAAAUCGUUGACACUAUGGGAUGUUGUCAGUGGUGAGAAGAUAACAAGAACAAUGCUGCAACAAACCCCUCUACAAGCUCGGUUAUAUCCUGGUUCCUCUACUCCAUCUCUCUGUCUGGCUUGCCCUCUCUCAUCUGCUCCUAUGAUUGUUGACUUGAAUACAGGAAGUGCAACUAUGCUUCCAGUCUCCAUUCCAGACUCUAACCCAGGAUUUGCCCCUCCAUCGCGGAAUAAAAUCUCUGAUGGAACUCCCCCCUUUUCUCCUACUGCUGCUUGCUUUAAUAAGUAUGGGGAUCUGGUUUACGCAGGGAACUCCAAAGGAGAAAUACUUCUAAUAGAUUAUAAAAGUGUCCAAGUGCUUGCAAUGGUUCCUACUUCUGGAGGUUCCGUGAUUAAGAAUAUAGUAUUCAGCAGGAAUGGUCAGUAUCUGCUUACAAAUUCAAAUGAUAGAACAAUAAGGAUUUACGAGAACCUUCUUCCCUUGAAAGAUGGACUCAAAGCCCUAAAUGGCUUGACUGCUCUUGAUGGACUAGAUGAUGCUGAGAAGUUGAAAGUUGUUGGAUCAAAAUGCUUAACACUAUUCCGUGAGUUUCAAGAUACCAUCACAAAGAUGCAUUGGAAAGCACCUUGUUUCAGUGGUGAUGGUGAGUGGGUAAUUGGUGGUUCUGCAAGCAAAGGAGAACACAAGAUUUACAUAUGGGACAGGGCUGGGCAUCUUGUGAAAAUUCUUGAAGGGCCAAAGGAAGCCUUGAUCGAUUUAGUGUGGCAUCCUGUUCAUCCCAUUGUUGUCUCUGUUUCCCUGACGGGCUUGGUUUAUAUUUGGGCUAAAGAUUACACUGAGAACUGGAGUGCAUUUGCUCCUGAUUUUAAGGAGCUCGAGGAAAAUGAGGAGUACAUAGAACGAGAAGAUGAAUUUGAUCUGAUACCCGAAACUGAAAAGGCCAAAGAAUCUAAUGUUAAUGAAGAUGAUGAAGUUGAUAUCGUGACAGUGGACAAGGAUUCAGCUUUUAGUGAUUCAGAUAUGUCACAGGAAGAGCUAUGCUUCUUGCCAGCAAUUCCUUUGCCUGAUGCUCCUGAGCAACAAGACAAGUGCUUAGAAAGUUCAUCAAAGUUGGUGGAAAGUAAUAAUUCUGGCUCCCCUCUUUCAGAAGAGGGCAGACCUAAUGGUCGUGCAAUGAAUCAUGCAUCCAGUCCGCUUGAAGAGGAUCCUGGAGCAACACGCUUGAAAAGAAAACGGAAGCCUUCUGAAAAGUGGUUGGACUUGCAGCUUUAGAAAUGUUAGCUAAUCCUUGAAAUGUUCUUGUAGAUCAUAAUCAUUUAUAAUGGUAUGUAACUUAUGCGGAUGAUGAUGGUAGUUAUUCUGUUUUUCUAUUCCCGGCUACGUAACUUUUUGGAUAGUUUAUGAGAAUAUGCAUUUUAUUUUUUUUAAGCUCCUGUUGCCUGGUGAUAUAGUAAACCAAAUUGGAUUGUUUUA